GUACCCACCCAGUAGUCUCAGUGCAAGGGAGUACAUUUCCCUUGUUUUUUUUUGUUCUCCUCCACCUCACUACGUUUUUAUAGCUUAAUCUUAAUUGUCCUUUGUUCGGGAUUUCGUCUAGAAUACAUCCGUCCGUGUCCUUGAUUCUCAGUACAAGCUGGAGUGCAUGUUGGUUGUACGACACGUUUUCCAGCCACACCAGGAUGCAGGCUGACAUUUAAAGAUUUUUGAGCACUGAGGGUGCAGCAGUACUCCAUAUAUAUAUAUAUCGACAUUUCUCACUGUAUUACGUCGGUUUUAGCUGAUAUUAUGCAAGUACCUAAGCGAGUAAACGUAGGACAGAGUGGUGGAACAUUUUAAUUAAUAAUGUGCGAGGAGGAGCCAGGAGAGAGUGUGAAGGGUGACACUGACACCACUGUGGUCAAUACUGACACCACCAUGGUCAACACUGACACCAUGCAUGCACGGAGAGGGAGAUGCGGGGGUGUGCUACCCUUGCGUUACGUGGUGGUGCUACUGGGCUUGCUGGGCUGCUCCAUGGACUAUAUAGUCCGUGGGGGUCUGAAUAUAGCCAUCGUAGCCAUGGUGAACACUACACAUGAUUUCAACACUAGUAACCUCCCUGAUGGUGCCUGCCCAGCUGCGCGCAACGCUUCUCAUAGUGGUACUGAUGACGGCUACCCGGCUGACGGGGAGUUCAACUGGACUUUAGAGGAUCAAGGUCUCAUUCUUGGCACCUUCUUCUGGGGAUACUUCUUUACUAAGACCGCAGGUGGUCGUAUCAGUGAGAAAUUUGGUGGUCGGGAGACCAUGGCAGUGAGUAUCGGGGCAUCAGGAGUGCUGUCAUUGCUGUGCCCAUACGCUGCCCACCUGCACCCACGGGUGCUGGCCGGCCUGCGCUUUAUCAUGGGCAUCGUGCAGGGCCCUGCCUUCCCUGCCCUCUAUGGUGUGCUGGCCAGCUGGGCGCCGCCCGCCGAACUGACCACCAUGGUAACCAUUGCUUUCUCAGGAAUGUCGCUGGGCAGUUUGGUUGCUACAGGCACCUCUGGAUGGGUGGCACAUCAACUAGGUUGGCAGUGGGUGUUUUGGGGUGGUGGUAUACUGGCACUAGUGUGGACACCUCUGUGGCUCUACUUUGUCCGCAACUCUCCCAUCAAUCAUCCACUCAUAUCCGCCGAGGAGGAGGAACUGUUGGCUGUCAACUUUUCCAUUAAACCCAGGCGUACUGUACCCUGGGGCCGCCUUCUCCGCUGUUGGAGAUUCUAUCCUAGUAUACUGGCCGAGUUUGCGUCGUCCUGGGUGGGUAACCUCACCAUUACUCAGGCUCCCAGCUUUCUUAACAUGCAGAUUGGGAUGAGCUUGAGCGAGGUGAGCUGGGUAUUGUCUGGAGGACAGACCUGUAGUUGGGUCUCUUCAUUUACUUUUGGCAGAGUAUCAGACCUACUAAUCCAACACAACUUUAGCUCGAAACUCAAUACCAGAAGACUCAUGCACCUCGUUGGAAUGAUAAUGGUGGUAGCUAGUCUGUGUUGCAUAGUGUUGGCAGGGUGUCACAAGUGGGUAGUGUCUACUCUACUGGUGCUAGUCAUGAUCGGUGUCUCCAGCACACUCAGUUCCUUCACACUCAGCCCCAUGGAUCUUGCACCAAACUAUGCUGGGACGAUGUCAGGGUUGCUGGGAAUAGGUAACAUCAGUGGCUUUGUGGCUCCCAUUGUUACAGCAGAAAUGGUUACAAAGACAGGUGACUGGGCUACUUCACUGCUGCUGACUAGUGGACUGUAUUUACUGACAGGCAUCAUCUAUAUGGCUACUGUCACUACGCAGGUUCAAGAUUGGAACUAUUAUGAAGAUAUAGAUUAUUCCGUCAUUAAUGAACAUUUUUAAUGACGGUUGUUUUUAACAUUGUAAUAUUUUUUUUUAAUUUCUGGUACAUAAACAUAUAGCUUAUUUGAUAUGUAUACCCUUUUUGGUACUUGUUCAAGCAAAACUGUUCUGUGAUAUGUAUAACUUCGAGAUACAUUUUUUAUUUACCUCAAGGGUCGUCUUCCGACAAGACAGAAUGACAGGAAGAAAACACAUUUACCAUCAUUUAUUCAAUUGUCUUGCCAGAAGUGUACUGACAUCACAGUUCAUAUUGUACUCUUAUUUAACCGCUUAUUGCAACUUCCCAACCCCUCCUUCAGUUUUAUUAGUUUUCUGUUUAUUCUUCUAAUACUGAAAUGUAUCAUAAUUUUGAGGAACUGAGAUUUCUAUAAUUUUUUUUACCACUUCUGUUAGUUUAUUUAUGAUGUGUUUUCGUGGUAUUUUACUGCUUGCCAGGUGAGCCUAGUGGGAGAUAAUAAUGGUACAAAUAAGAAUAUUUUAUUCUUGAUGCUAGUGAAGGGCUUUGGAUCCAAAGAGUUGGAACUACAUUGGAUCAAGCUCGAUUACAUCUCAUUCCCAGACGCUGUAUGACCACUACGGGUUGACUGCUUACCAAACUAAGAUGGAACAGUACUCAAUAGUCUUCUAAGUUUGUGUUCUGAUUGUUUUUCCCAGCUGUGAGGUAUUUGUGGCUGAAAACAUGAAAGUAUUAUAUAGUAUUCCUCUUUUUUUUUAUGUUUAUGCAGGAUAUAUGUAUAAAUUUGAAAUAUAUUUACUAAUAAUACUUUGUAAAUAAAAUUAAUAUAACCUGA